UUUCUAAGUUGACAUAAAACAGUGUUUUAGCAAACAAUAACUGAAAUUUAAUCUUUUGUGAAAGAAAGUAAUAUAAUAUAGAAGUUUAAAAGUAAUCAUAACAGGACGAAAUACAAAACAAAAAGUCGUCACAAUGAAGACGAUUCUAGCCCUCUUUGCGUUCACACAAUGUACUUUACUUAUCACGGGAUACCCAAACCCCGAAGUCUAUGUCCACAUGAUGCCUUGGUUUGAAACACCCGAAACAAACAACGGUACUUGGGGCCAACACUGGACCAUGGUCAACGACAACCCUGAUAAUGUAACCGAUGGUAAACAAGACAUCGCCUCGUUUUUUCACCCUGAAAUCGGAGCUUACGCUUCCAGCGAUCCCGACGUGAUCGACUGGCAACUGGGUAUAAUGAAAGCCGCCGGUAUUUCUGGAGCGUUUAUCGACUGGCCAGGAACCUACGAAAUGUAUGACUACCCUCAAAACAAACGAAACGCCGAGGCUAUCAUUGAAGGUAUUCGACGAAAUGGCCUCAAAUUCGCCAUUGUGUACGAAGACAAUAACUUAAACCUUGCGUCGGUACCUGAUCAGAUUGGACAAGCCACCAUCGAUAUGGAGUACCUUCAAGCUAAUUACUUUAAUCAAGAGAAUUACGUGUAUGUUGACGAUGGUCCUCUUCUUAUGGAUUUUGGGCCUCAGGUACUUCAUAGGGAAGACUGGGAUGCGGUAUUCACACCUUUGGAACCUAAACCCACGUUUUUAACUCUUUGGAAUCAACACCAGGAAGGUGGGGCGUAUUGCAAGGGAGAAUUUGCGUGGGUCUGGGUAGAUUUUAUUGAUGGGUUAGAUCGUUGGUACGUAACUCAAAGGGUGCCGGUCAAAAUCGGUACUGCUUAUCCUGGUUUUCAACCGUUUUAUACCAAUGGCGGGUGGCCUGGACCUGGAUACUUUAUUGAUUACGGUGUGGAUACGUUCCAGCAAACUUGGGACUUGGCGCUUGAGUAUACCGAGAUGAUUCAAAUUUGUACCUGGAACGACUACGGAGAAGGUACCAUUAUUGAACCCACUCUAGAAUAUGGCACGACUUUUGUAGAUAUAAUCCAGCAAGCGACCGGUAGCAAAUAUACUCAUGAAGAUUUUGAAAAAUUGACAGAGAUUUAUUUGUUGCGGAAGCAGCAUGCGGAUGACCCCGAUAUGUUGGAAAAACUCAAGGAACAGCAUAACGCUAUUGUGCACAGAUUUGAUUAAAUUUCAAAACUAUGUAAUAAGAUGUUAAUAAAACUUACUGUUUGUUUACUAACGAUAAUAGUGAUAAUAAA